AUGUCCGCCGGGCAAGCCUACAACGAGGAGAAAGGCGGCUCCUCCAGCCUGGGGGAGCCCGAGUACGGGCACGAUCCGGCCAGCGGGGGCAUCUUCUCCUCGGAUUACAAAAGACAUGACGAUCUAAAGGAGAUGCUGGAUAGCAACAAGGAUUCAUUGAAGCUGGAGGCUAUGAAGAGGAUUGUAGCGAUGAUAGCCAGAGGCAAGAACGCGUCCGACCUCUUCCCAGCCGUGGUGAAAAACGUGGCUUGCAAGAAUAUCGAGGUAAAGAAGCUUGUGUAUGUCUAUUUGGUCCGAUACGCAGAAGAACAGCAAGACUUGGCUUUGCUCUCCAUUUCGACCUUCCAGCGAGGACUCAAGGACCCCAAUCAGCUGAUCCGGGCCAGCGCCCUCCGGGUUCUCUCCAGCAUCCGCGUGCCCAUUAUUGUCCCGAUCAUGAUGCUAGCCAUCAAAGAGGCAGCGUCGGACAUGUCCCCGUACGUGCGCAAGACGGCAGCUCAUGCGAUCCCCAAACUCUACAGCCUCGACUCGGACCAAAAGGAUCAGCUAAUAGAGGUCAUUGAGAAGUUGCUGGCAGAUAAGACGACGCUGGUGGCCGGUAGCGUGGUGAUGGCCUUUGAGGAGGUCUGCCCGGAGCGCAUCGACCUCAUCCACAAGAACUACCGUAAGCUGUGCAACCUACUGAUCGACGUGGAAGAGUGGGGGCAAGUGGUCAUCAUCAACAUGCUCACGCGUUACGCUCGCACUCAGUUCCUGAGCCCUACCCAAAACGAAUCCCUCCUGGAAGAGAAUGCCGAAAAGGCUUUCUAUGGGUCUGAAGAGGAAGACUCCAAGGACGACAAGGCGGAGCCGGCUUCGCUGGUGAAACGCAAGCCAUACGUGAUGGAUCCCGACCACCGCCUGCUCUUGCGUAACACCAAGCCCCUGCUGCAGAGCCGCAAUGCUGCGGUGGUGAUGUCUGUUGCCCAGCUGUAUUUCCACUUAGCCCCAAAAGCUGAGGUCGGGGUAAUUGCAAAGGCUUUGGUCCGCCUCCUCAGGAGCCACAGCGAGGUCCAGUAUGUUGUGCUCCAAAAUGUGGCCACCAUGUCUAUUAAGCGUAGGGGGAUGUUUGAACCCUACCUGAAGAGUUUCUACAUCCGAUCCACUGACCCCACCCAGAUCAAGAUCCUCAAGCUGGAAGUCCUGACCAACCUUGCAAAUGAGACGAACAUCUCUACCAUCCUACGUGAGUUCCAGACCUACAUCCGGAGCAUGGACAAAGACUUUGUGGCAGCCACCAUCCAGGCCAUUGGCCGCUGUGCCACCAACAUCGGCAAAGUGCGGGACACUUGCCUUAAUGGGUUGGUGCAGCUGCUGUCCAACCGAGAUGAGCUGGUGGUGGCGGAGUCUGUGGUCGUCAUCAAGAAACUCCUCCAGAUGCAGCCUGCUCAGCACAGCGAGAUCAUCAAGCACAUGGCAAAGCUGACGGACAACAUUCAGGUACCUAUGGCCCGGGCGAGCAUCUUAUGGUUGAUUGGCGAGUAUUGCGAGCACGUGCCCAAGAUUGCGCCCGACGUGCUACGCAAAAUGGCUAAAUCCUUCACCGGUGAGGAGGAUAUCGUGAAGCUGCAGGUCAUCAACUUGGCGGCCAAGCUGUACCUGACCAACUCCAAACAGAGCAAGCUCUUGACGCAGUACGUGUUGAACUUAGCCAAGUACGACCAGAACUACGACAUCCGGGAUCGCGCCCGCUUUAUCCGACAGCUGAUCGUGCCCACCGAGAAGAGCGGUGCCCUCAACAAGUAUGCCAAGAAGCUCUUCCUGGCACAGAAACCUGCCCCCAUCUUGGAGUCUUCUUUCAAAGAUCGUGACCAUUUCCAAUUGGGCUCGCUUUCCCACCUCCUUAACGCCAAGGCAGUGGGCUACCAGGAACUGCCCGACUGGCCCAGUGAAGCUCCGGACCCAUCCGUGCGCAAUGUGGAGGUCCCGGAAUGGACCAAAUGCACCAGCCGUGAGAAGAGGAAGGAGAAGGUGGAAAAACCGUUCUAUUCCGACUCCGAGGGGGAGUCCGGCCCAACGGAGUCCGCUGACAGCGAGCCCGAGUCGGUCAGCGGGUCUCCCAGUGAAAGUGGCAGUGAGAGCGGUUCCGGAUCAGGCAGCGACGAGGAAGAGGAGGAUGAGGAUGACGAGGAUGAAGAAGAGAGUGAGGACCAGUCGGACGAAAAGGAGGAGAAGAAAAAAAAGAGGAGAGAGACUCCAAGGAAAGCGUCGCUGGACAGCGCAGGGAGCGAGGAGGAUGUGAGGAGCAGGAAAAAGCAGCAGCUGCGUGAAAGGAAGGGGGGCUCAGAUUCCUCAUCAGAGGAGGAAGAGGGUAGCAUGUCCGAAAGCAGCUCAUCGGAGUCGGAUUCUGGCUCCGAAGCAGAGGAAUCCCACUCGGAGAUGGAGGCCAAGAAGAAAAGGACGCCUCCUAGCAGCAAACCUGCCCCAAAGCCUCCGAAGAAAGGGACAAAGGAGAUCUCCUUGCUUGAUCUAGAUGACUUCACCCCACCUCCCUCGCAACCGGUCCUUUCCAGCCCCGUCGUCUCCACCAGCCUGGUGACCGACCUAGAGGGACUCUCACUGACCGAUACAACUUUGGCUCCUACUAUGAUCAGCCCUGUAUUUGGUGCAGUGAAGACCUACGAGCUGUUGCACCGUAUGACAGGGGAGGGUCUCUCCGUCGAGUACCACUUCAGCCGGCAGCCUUUUACAACCGACUCCCGUAUGGUGGCCGUCCAGAUACAGAUUUCCAACAACACGGCUGCCGAGGUGAAGAACAUCCGCGUUAACGAGCCAAAGCUUCUCUCGGGCAUGCGUGUCCAGGAGUUCAAGGAAAUUGAAUCCCUGCCUCCUGGCGAGACUGUCAGUGUCGUGAUGGGCAUAGACUUCUGUGAUUCGACCCAAGCAGCCAGCUUCCAGUUAUGCACGCACACGCGCCAGUUUUACGUGUCCAUCCAACCCCCGGUGGGGGAGCUCAUGGCUCCUGUCUUCAUGAGUGAGAACGAGUUCAAAAAAGAGCAAGGAAAACUGACUGGUAUGAGUGAGAUCACAGAGAAGCUGACCCUGCCCGAAAAGUGCCAGAGUGACCAUGUGAUUGUGCAGCAAGUGACUGCUGCAGCAAAUGUUAGCCGUGUGCCGUGUGGGUCGGACAAGGAAUACCGAUUUGCUGCUAAGACGGUAAACAGCGGAAGCCUCGUUCUUAUCACCCUGGAGAAGAAGGCAGGGAACGUGGCGCACCUGACCAUCAACAGCGAGAAGAUGUUGAUCGGCACCAUGUUGGUGAAGGAUAUCAUCCACUCCUUGACCCAGUGACUUGGAUGGCUUCUCUGUCUCUCUGGCCGUGGCCGUGUCCCACAUCCAGUCCUCUUUCCUUUUCUAUCCCUAGCCAGCCUAUGGUUCAGCCCCCCGUGUCUCCGCACUGAGCUUCCCUUGCUGUGUUACGUUCCUGUGUAAAGUGCAGGUAGAGUCUAAACAGAGAACAAUUCACCACAGAUAAUGGGGAGUGCAGCCUUUGGGAUGGGUAAUGGGAAUUAGCACAGCAGCAAAUCGAGAGUUUGGGGGACGGUGAAAAUUCUUACGAUUCCAGCAUCUUUGCUGUUUAGAAGGGUUCCUUCCUCUUGACACCUGUUUUGUGACUGUAUUUAUCAUGGACAGAGAUGUUUCAAUAAAAUUCCUCCGGCAACUGA